AUGACGUUAAUAGAGUAUGGCAUUCAAUACGUCACACAAAAAGCCAUCAAAGGUAGUGUAUUGUCUGAUUACCUGGCUCAUCAACCGGUGGAGGACUACCAUCCUAUGCGCUUUGACUUUCCGGACGAGGACAUCAUGUUUGUCAGAGAUUGGGGUGUUCUAGAACCAGAAAGGGGACCAGAACCAGGAUCGCGAUGGACGAUCGUGUUCGAUGGAGCCUCUAAUUCUCAAGGAAAUGGAAUAGGGGCAAUCAUCACCUCCUCAAUUGGGUUUCAUCUCCCUUUCACUGCAAGACUAUGUUUCGACUGCACCAACAAUAUGGAUGAAUACGAAGCAUGUAUCUUCGGUUUGGAAGCGACUAUUGACUUAAAGAUCAAGAUCUUAGAAGUCUAUGGAGAUUCCGCGUUGGUAAUCAUCCAAAUCAGAGGAGAUUGGGAAGUUCGUGAUCCCAAGUUGAUCCCCUAUAAAGAACAUGUCUCGAAGUUGAUCCCGUAUUUUGAUGAAGUUACAUUCCAUCAUAUUCCCCGAGCGGAAAAUCAAUUGGUCGAUGAUUUGGCCACCUUGGCUUCCAUGUUUAAGGUCAAAUGGAAGAAUGAAGCACCUUCUUUCCAACUUGAUUACUUGGAUGAGCCAGCGUACUGUUUAGCGGCUGAAGAGGAAUCAGACGGUCACCCCUGGUUCCACGACAUCAAAAAGUAUCUAGAGAAGCAAGAGUAUCUAGAGGAUGCAUCCAUUACGGACAAGAAGUACCUUCGAAAGCUCUCGACAAAGUUCUUCUUAAACGGAGAAGGGUUGUACAAGAGAAAUUACGACUUGGUCCUGCUCAGAUGCGUGGAUAGACACGAAGACGACCGGGUGAUAAUGGAAAUACAUGAAGGAUCCUUCGGUACGCAUGCCAGUGGGCACACCAAGGUGAAAAAGAUCUUAAGGGCAGGUUAUUACUGGAUGACGAUGGAGAUCGAUUGUCAUCGUCACGUCCAGACAUGCCAUAAAUGCCAGAUUUAUGCAGACAAGAUCCAUGUGCCACCGGUUCCGCUCAAUGUCUUGACAUCACCAUGGUCGUUCGCCAUGUGGGGCAUCGACAUAAUUGGGUGUAUUGAGCCAACUGCCUCGAACGGGCAUCGCUUCAUCCUUGUGGCCAUCGACUACUUCACCAAAUGGAUGGAGGCAGUCUCGUAUGCAAAUGUCACGAAGCAAGUGGUGGCUCGCUUCUUGAAGAAGGAAAUCAUAUGUCGGUAUGGAAUCCCUAAUAAGAUCAUCACGGACAAUGGGUACAACCUCAACAACAAGAUGAUGAAAUAA